UUCCUCCCAAACGAGACUCAGAGAACAACAAGCACGAAUUUAAUUUUAGUCCUCCGGUCGAAUCUGAAAACCAAAACAGCUCUUCUCAAUUUUUCCCCAAUUGGUGUUACCCUUCUCCCAAAUUUCACGACUUUAAUUCUUCUGGGUUCUUCGCAACACUCACGUAAGCUCCUCUUUCUCUCUUUUGCUUUCUACUCUUUCUGGGUUUCUCUGUCUCGUAACAAACAAUCGGAGAGUGAUAGAUGCAAAAGUCCUCCUUUUUAUAUUGUGUGUAGUCUAUGAAGAUGGGAAACAUUUGUGUGAAAUUGGAAUUUUUCUCUACUAAGUGAAGGUUAUGGAUAUUCAUUUGGUUGAAGAAGGUGUGUCAAUGGGGAAUCAUGUGAUAGGAGAUGAAGCAGAUGCUGAACCUAGUGAUUGCAGUGGACCGAAUACAAUGGAGAAUUCGUUGGGAGUUCAAGAAGAGAUUGGAAUUGCAGAGCCAUAUGUUGGUAUGGAGUUUAUUUCAGAAAAAGAAGCUAAAUCUUUCUAUGAUGAGUAUUCGAGGCAGCUUGGUUUUACUUCCAAGCUUCUUCCUAGAACUGAUGGGUCUGUUAGUGUUCGGGAAUUUGUAUGUAGUAGUAAAAGGUCAAAGAGAAGGCUUGCUGAGAGUUGUGAUGCUAUGGUUAGGAUAGAAUUGCAAGCUCAUGAUAAAUGGGUUGUUACAAAGUUUGUUAAAGAGCAUACUCAUGGAUUGGCAAGUUCUAAUACGCUUCACUGUCUUCGCCCUCGUAGGCAUUUUGCAAAUUCGGAAAAAUCUAAUUAUCAACAAGGGGUGAAUGUGCCUAGUGGUACGAUGUAUGUUUCUAUAGAUGCUAAUAGCAGAGGUGCUAGAAGUGCGUCCAAGGAUUCAAUUAGAGGUGUGAAUUAUGGAUCUAUGGCUACAAACACGAAGAGAACAAUUGGACGGGAUGCGCAUAAUCUGUUGGAGUAUUUUAAGAGGAUGCAGGCAGAGAACCCUGGCUUUUUCUAUGCGAUUCAGCUUGAUGAAGAUAAUCAGAUGACAAAUGUAUUUUGGGCAGAUUCGAGAUCUAGGAUUGCUUACACUCAUUUUGGCGACACGGUCACCCUAGAUACGAGAUACAGGUGUAAUCAGUUUCGGGUUCCUUUUGCGCCGUUUACUGGGGUGAAUCAUCAUGGUCAGACUAUCCUAUUUGGCUGUGCACUUAUAUUGGACGAGUCUGACACUUCAUUUAUUUGGCUAUUCAAGACUUUUUUAACAGCAAUGAGAGAUCAACCGCCCGUCUCUUUGGUAACUGAUCAAGAUAGAGCCAUACAGAUUGCUGUUGCUCAGGUAUUUCCAGGUGCUCGUCACUGUAUUAAUAAGUGGGAUGUGCUAAGAGAAGGUCAGGAAAAGCUGGCUCAUGUGUGUCUUGCGUAUCCCAGUUUUCAGAUGGAGCUAUAUAAUUGUAUCAACUUCACCGAAACGAUCGAUGAGUUUGAAUUGUCCUGGAGUUCCAUUAUUGAAAAGUAUGACUUAGGAAGACAUGAAUGGCUUAGUUCCUUAUAUAAUGCUCGAGCUCAGUGGGUACCUGUUUAUUUCCGGGAUUCGUUUUUCGCUGCAGUAUUUCCUAGCCAAGGUUAUUCAGGUUCCCUUUUCGAUGGAUAUGUGAAUCAGCAGACAACCCUUCCGAUGUUCUUUAGGCUGUACGAAAGGGCUAUGGAGAGCUGGUUCGAGAUGGAGAUUGAAGCAGAUCUUGAUACUGUCAACACACCCCCAGUCUUGAAGACGCCAUCACCCAUGGAGAAUCAGGCUGCAAAUCUCUUUACAAGGAAAAUUUUUGGAAAGUUCCAGGAAGAGUUGGUAGAGACAUUCGCUCACACUGCAAACAGAAUUGAAGAUGAUGGUAAUACCUGCACAUUUAGGGUUGCAAAUUUUGAAAAUGACAACAAAGCUUAUAUAGUAACGUUUUGCUACCCUGAAAUGAGAGCAAAUUGCAGCUGUCAAAUGUUUGAGCACUCCGGCAUACUCUGCCGACAUGUUUUGACAGUGUUUACUGUCACAAAUAUACUCACUUUGCCACCACAUUAUAUUUUGAGACGGUGGACAAGAAAUGCCAAGAGCAUGGUAGAGUUGGAUGAGCUUGUCAGUGAAAAUGGGCAUGAUAGCUUGAUACACCGCUAUAAUCAUUUAUGUCGUGAGGCCAUCAAGUAUGCUGAGGAAGGGGCAAUUUCAGCUGAAGCUUAUAAUAUUGCUUUAGGGGCACUCAGAGAAGGUGGGAAGAAGGUUUCAGUUGUCAGAAAAAAUAUAAGUAGAGCUGCACCUCCUAGCUCACAUAAUGGUGGAAUUGGUAGUGGUGACAAGACCUCACUAUCAGCUGCUGAUACAACCCCUUUGCUGUGGCCUCGCGAGGAUGAAAUGAUACGCAGAUUUAACCUUAACGAUGGUGGGGCCAGAGCUCAAUCUGUUGCUGAUCUGAAUCUGCCGCGUAUGGCACCAGUGUCGCUUCACCGAGAUGAUGGUGCUCCUGAGAAUAUGGUAGCUCUUCCUUGUCUGAAGUCAAUGACUUGGGGAAUGGAGAGUAAAAAUACAAUGCCGGGUGGUAGAGUUGCAGUUAUCAAUUUAAAGUUGCACGAUUACAGAAAGUUUCCCUCAGCAGACAUGGAUGUCAAAUUUCAGCUGUCUAGCGUCACACUUGAACCCAUGUUAAGGUCCAUGGCUUACAUUAGCGAGCAACUUUCAUCUCCAGCCAAUAGAGUAGCUGUCAUUAAUUUGAAGCUUCAAGAUACUGAGACAACAACAGGAGAAUCAGAGGUAAAAUUUCAGGUGUCCCGGGAUACAUUAGGUGCAAUGUUGAGAUCGAUGGCCUAUAUCCGUGAGCAGCUCUCAAUCGUUGGAGAGCUGCAUACAGAACCUCAAGCAAAGAAACAACGCAAGUGAUGUUGAGAGAGAAACAACCGCGGCAAAAGAAAACUUCGGGAAAAUGGUUGUUAACCUCAUUAGAGUUUGUCUGUUUGAUCUCUGUGAUUGGUGUUGUUAGAUUGACAAUACAGCGUCUUAUGUGUAACAUACGUGUAAGUGUUACGACAUCUACGCAAGUGUGUAGAAACUGGUGGGCAUCGAGCCAGGCUUUUGAAGUGUAUAUAUCCUUCUUAUCUAGACAUUGAACCCAACCCA